ACGUUUGUGCUUGUAUAUGUUUCAUACUUUAAGAAGUAUCAAAAUGUUGUGACUCCUAAGAAAAACCGAAAGACCAACCCACCUUACCCCCUUCCAAAAACAGGUGCAUAAGAAAAGUAUUGUCUAAGUAAGAAAGACAGAUAUCAAUGUGAAAAGAAUAAUUCCCCGACAUGUGAUCUACAAUAAACAUGCACUAAUGGUUUAUGCCCGCUGGUUGGUGACUUCGACGAUUCACCAGUCGAUCGUUAUAGAUUAUUGUAAUCAAAGGCUGGCAGAAAUAGAACUCCAAAGUUCAAAGGUAGCUCUUUAUUUGACUGAGAACAAGGUUCAAUACGAAUAUACAUGUAUUAUUGUUUUUAUCGAGAUGUACAUACUUUCUUAUCGGUCAACUCGACUAUUUAUGGAAAGGGGCAGCUGUAUGAAAUAAUACCUAUCAUCAAGUCUAUGGGCAUGCUUGUAUACGUACAAGUGCUGACAUUUCGCUACUUAAGUGGAUGACACCUGGACAAUUAGUUCUGGAUAGCAAAUAGGUCUGGAUAUGCAUGUACAGCGCUAUAACAUUUUGUCACUUUUCUGGAUGAUUAUCUAGACAACAAGUUUCUGGAUAGCUUAGGCCUGUAGUAACUUUUCAAAGAAACUAUAUCGCUUGAUAAACGUUGCGCAAACAAAUCACAGGCGUUCUUCAGUAUGUCAAAUACAGUAGUCCAUCGCACAACAAAACCACUACCCCAAACCGAUGAAGAUGUCUUUGGGAAUGAGCAAGAGCGGCUGGAAUGCGUCUACAAUUUCAGACGCAUUGACGCACACGGGAAACUCUACCGGUCAGCGCGACAGGACGUGGCUUCCGAAGGGGACCUCCGGCACCUACAUAGGCUCGGCAUACGCACCUACCUGGACCUACGCAACGGGAUCGAGUAUCGCAACAGCCUGGGCCGGAAGAAGAAAACUGUGGACGGCGAGGUUCGGGUGGUGGAGCCGGUCCUGCCAGACCCUCGAGAGAAGAUACCUUACCCGAACCUGAGCUCUGUUCCGUUGAAGGGUCUGGAUGGAAAACCUACUGUGCUCGAUGGCUCACCCACAGCCACGCCCACACGAUACCUCAUAGACAUGUUUCCCAAGGAGCUGAUCCUGGCAGUGUUCAAUACUGCUCCGCUGUACAAGCGUCUGUUCUCGCUCCUUCUCCUUCUACUCGAUGUGAUCUUGGGCAAUCACUACAAGUACUUCGUCCGAUGCUUCUCGGGCGAGAUCAAUCGGCUCGGACUGGUCGGACGAUACGUCAAUAUACUGGAGCACUGUGGCAAACAGCUAUGCUUCGUUCUGAACACACUGUCCAACCCGGAGAAUCUGCCCGCAGUCAUCUGCUGUGCUCACGGUAAGGACCGGACCGGUCUCGUGACGGCCAUGGUGCUGAGCAUACUAGGCAAGUCAGACGAGUACAUAGCUCAGGAAUACGCUCUGUCAGAGGAAGGUCUACGGCCUAUCCAGAAAGCCGUCCGAGAAGAAACGUCCUUGAAGUACAACAUGGACGAGUCGUUUGCUUGGGCCAAGAAAAACACGAUGCUGGAAGUACUUCAUACUCUCAGAGAAAGAUAUGGGUCGGUGGAGGCGUUUCUGGAAGCAUCCGGCUUUACCAAGAAGAACCAAGAGAAACUCCGUCAGGUUUUAUCUUAAGGGUACAUGUACAUGUACAUAGGAUCAUUUGCUUUUGCGCAUUUGUGUUUUCGUGUGAAGCAAUAAAUUUGCUCAAGGGGUAUAUAACAACAACCUGGCUCCCACUACUGGCUCCCACUGCUCCA